AUGUCCACCACGAAGCGGCAGGAAUCGUCUACGGAGAAAGAUAACACAAACAAUGAAACUGAAUUUGCUUUGCAGGUCGAGUUGUCCAUAGAGACAGACCGAAUACUGAAAGUGUUGGAUCGCACUAUAGAAAAACUGGAAUUGGUUAUGUGUCUACCUUUCUUUCUGGAAGAUAAUGGAGAUCUCCUUAAGAAUUUCUUGCCCGCUGAUGAAAUUUUAAAGGUGAUAUGUGCAUUUGAUCAUUAUACACAGUACAAGGAGAGUUCGUAUGAUGAUGCUCCUGAGUGUAUUGAAUGUGAGCUGAGGAAGGGUAUGUUCACUAUUAGAAGUAAUAUUCUGAAACAUAGAGAUGCAGGUGAGGAAGAAUCAUCUGAUGAUGAAGAUGAAAUUUCAAAAAAGGUACCUAAGCAAUGCAUUUUACCUGUGAGUGAAGGAAGAACAGAUGCAGAUGUAUGCAGAGCUCUACAGUUCUUGUACAUCAAACCAAGAAUAAGGAAGUUUUUGACACAGCAUUUGAUACAGAAGAUUUCUGAAGCUGGAAGCAUAUUCAUCGAAUAUAUGAGACAUCUGCGUCAAUGCAUUGCAAAAAGACUUGCUGUAUCUCCCUGUCAAGAAUUAGCAGAUGAACAGAAUUUACGUCUUACAUGGAUCCGCAAUGCCAAAACUAAAGCAGUUAAGUCAGUAUUACUGGAUAAACUUGAGAUUCAGAGGAAUGAAGGUAAUGCACAGCUUGCUCAGAGGGAUGUUGCAAUUAAAAAAAAUGAGGAACUGAUUGAAAAGAUGAAGAAAUGUAGCAAAGAUGAUAUCAAGAAAAGAAUAAAUGAAUCAGAAAAAAAUAUGAUUAAUGACUGGAGAGAUAGUGAAAGUAGGCAAGAGAUACUUCAGGCACAACUGAUUGAAAAUGAAGCAAGAUUUGAACAAUUGCUCUCGGAACAUCUGCGCAGUGAGAAGAGCUUAAAAGCAAAGAAAAUCAAGGUUGAAUCACAGCUACUUACUGUGUUAAGCAAAUACGAUGCUGACAUAGGAGAUCUGCAGAAUGAAUUGGAUGAACUUAUGGAUGGCUUCAAUGAAGAGAAACGACAGAUGAGAGAGCUACAGGAACGAUUUGAUAUACAGGAAGUGGAAUAUAUCAGACUAAUGACUCAAAAAGCUGAAGAAGAACGUAUUGAACAUGAAAGAAGAGUAAACUUUUUCACAACAAGUCGAGCAGCACGCAUCAUUCAACGUGCGUGGAGAAAAUACAUACGUAGGAAACGUCGACGUAAAGGGAGGAAAAGAAAAUAA